AGCUGACUCGGUUAGCCAUGGAUGGUGCAGGUCAGGCCACCCAGCCUGGUGGAAGCACAGCAGGAGCAGGAGCAGGAGCAGGAGCAGGAGCAGCAGAAGAAGGGUCGGCAGCAGGCGCAGCAGCAGCAGCAGCAGGGGUGUGGGGGGAGGAGGUGGGGGCGCUGCUGGGAGAUUACUGUGCUGAGCUCACUGCAGCAGUUGUCAAGUGCUGCAUUGAAGGCGUUUUACCUUGGUCACCCGAGCACACCGCUAGCAGCACCAGCGCCACUAACAACAGCAGCAGCAAUGCCUAUCCCACCACCACAAGUAGGGAGACAAGGGGUUCCAACACCAGCAGCAGCAUUGGUGGCGGUGGUAGCAGGCUGGUGUUGCUCGAGGGAUGGUUGGAUGCGGUUCUGAGGGGUGACGGGACAGGAUUGAUGGAGAUGACAGGAAGAAUGGGUAAAAUGGCGAGAUUGGGUGCUCCUGGUGGUAGUACUGGUGUUCGCUUUGUUGAAGGCAAUGGUGAUGGCAUGGUUUCUGCAGGGAGGGGAGCGCUAGCAGCACUGCAGCUGAUGCAUGUGGUGGUGGCGGCUGUAGUGCCGCCGUCGUUCCGAUGGGUGCCAGGGGAUUCAGAGCGCAUGCUACAGCAAGGCCACCUGAUGGCCUUACAGCGACAAGAGGAGGAGCGAGGAGGAGGAGGAGGAGGAGGAGGAGGAGGAGUGAAGAGCGAGGGAGUUGUGGGGGGGGAGGGAGGUGCAGGGUGCAACCCACGCCUUGCGCUGCUGCAUGAUGUGGAGGUGGCUCCUCGACUGGAGUUGGUACACGAGAGCACACACUUCGUCGCCUCUCUCGCAAACGCACAUGCAUCCCUCCCGCUCUCCCCUGCACCACCAUCGGCAAACCCCCUGCGCCGGCGCUCUCACUCUCAUGGGCGAGCAGCGAGGGGCGUUCGCACUGCAGCUGGGGGGGAGGGAGUGCGCGCGGCAGGAGCAGAGCGCAUGGGGAGGGCGGGAAGGAGCCUGCUGGAGGAGAACAGAGCGCUCAGUGCGUUUUGGGGGGCUUGGGGGAACGGGGGGAACUUGCGGGGUGAAAGCGACUGGGGGCUUGAGAGGCUUGGGGGAACGGGGGGCGAUUGGGGGAACGGAAUGUCGCUUCUAGCACCAGCGCCACCAGCCCAUCGCCUCUUCCCUCCCAUGCUCUCUGCCACACCAACACCGCCUCCUCCCCCCGCACCGCACUGCACCCCAUCCCACACCUCUCCCACAUCCGGCGAGCUGCAUUGGGUGGUGGAGGGCAAGCCUUCACCUUCACCCCUCCAUGCCACACCUGCCGUACUUGCUCCCACUCCUGCGCGACGAAUCAGCACUGCCACUGCUGCUGCGUCUCCUGCUGCUUCUAUGCGCACUCCCGCUGCCACAGCACGAGUGGGGGGUGCUGCAGCCUACGCAGGGGAUUCGCUUUUGCAGCACAGCCAGCAGCAGCAGCAGCGAGAGGUGAUGGUGGAGCGAGUGUGUGUAGAGCUGCGAGCUGUCAUUUCCCUCGCUGCCUCCACCAUGGAUGGUCAACGGAACACCACGGCACGAGGCAGGGGGAGCAGCAGUGCUGGUGCAGUGGAGGACAGUGAUGUUUUAUCGGAGGAUGCUGCCUUGGCAGCGAGUGUGGCAGAGGCGGUGGCAGCAGCGGAGGGCAGGGCGAGUGGCAGUGCGGGCAUCAUGUGUGCAGCACUCGCUGCCAUUGCUGACUUGCCGCAUGAGCUGCCCCUCACAUCGCAACAGUACCUUGAGGCGAGUGUGGGUGGGGGUGGGAGGGGUGGGAUUGAGUUGGUAGAGAGUUGA